GUCAGUCUGUGCAUCGAAGACUUUGAAACCAGAAGAAGAAAAUUUUUUGAAGGAGACUUAACAGCUCCCGGUAAAUAAAAAUUUAAAAAUGUGCCAAGGACUAUCAUCACUACCAAGCUGCUACUUAGAAAGGGCAAAGGGUAUCAAGGCUCGGCUGGGAAUCUUUCUACAGAAGUCAAAGAAAACUUACGGUUCUGUGCAAGCAAGCAAGAUAGAUAAAGCAAAAUCCAGACCCUCCUCAGAGGAAGCAAAGAAUUGGAGACAAUCUCUGGACAAGAUGCUUUCUCAUAAAUAUGGUUUGGCUGCCUUCAGAGCUUUUCUUUGCUCAGAGUAUAGUGAGGAGAACAUUGAGUUCUGGCUGGCCUGUGAGGACUACAAGAAAAUCAGGUCAUCUGCAAAACGAGCCUCCAAAGCAAAGAAGAUUUAUUUGGAAUUCAUAGAAACAGAUGCUCCUAAAGAGAUUAAUAUUGAUUAUGAAACUAAAGACUCCACUAAGAACCACCUUCUGAAGCCCACUAUUUCCAGCUUCGAUGAGGCACAGAGUAAAAUCUACAACUUGAUGGAGAAGGAUUCCUAUCCCCGAUUCCUGAGAUCAGAAGUGUAUCUAAACCUGACCAAACAAACUGAAAGAGUGGCAAGCCGCUCAGACUCCAACAAGCAGUCCGAGACAUGAAUCUGGAAGGAGAACCUGUCGGGGGUAUCUGAACAGAGCAGCUAAUGCAAGCUGAGGACAUGAACGGAAAGCAUAAGUGGAAACAUAGUUGGAAAAGGUUUAUUAGUGAGCAAUGAGUUUGCACAGUUUAGGGAAAGAAUUGGACACGUAUUGAAGAAUAUGCUGAAGGUGUUGAGGGAACAGUACAUACUGAAGUGAGAGUGUUAGACUUUUACACAAAUAUUUUAUUGCUUAUUGUAUAAAUUAUUUAUUGUAUGUCCAUAAAUUAUUCUGUAAUAUUGGUUACACAUUGUAAGAAAAUAUUUGAGAAGUCUGCAUAAGGAAGAAUUUAUGCUGACUUUUGUUUAGGGAAACAAGUGUCUGCCUUCUACAAAAGUGUUUAAGGAGAUUUCUUGAAAUUUUAGCACAGUUGGGUCUUGUUGUGCAACUAUUCGACUAUCGGUAUGCACAUAAUUUUAACCUCCUUAAAAACUCCAUGGAAAACUAAUUGUAAAUCUUUUCACAUACAUCAAAUACUAAAUGACCAUUAAACCCCACACAUUAAAUCUUAGCCACUAGUUGAUAUCGUGGGCUUGUAAAAAGAUUAGCCAAACAUUCUGACAAAGCUCACCAAUGAGAGGAAUGUUUAUAGUCUUACACUUAAGUAAUUACUAACUUUGAAACAUGGUGCCAGAUGUUGGAAAUUCCCAGCGACACUUCGAAGCUUUUUAAUUCAGUUAUGUUGCAGCUCAAAUUCCACACUGAGCAGGACAAGCUACUUGCACCACGUUGUGCUAAAAGUUUGUUUUUUCUGUUGUAACAUUAUUUGUUGUCUGGCAUUGGUUUUUCAUUUAACUAUUUAUGUACAAGUCU